AUGUCGUUAACACACAAGUGGGAAGAAAAAGCCAUAAAAAAGCGUUCGUCCCUUCUUGAUUUAAUUCCUCAAGAAUGGAGACUUCCAGAAUCUAGUUUAACAGCGCUACCAAAUGAUUGCACUAUGAUUCCUGCACAGUGUGGGAUUUUAUCUGAACUCGAUUUAGAAAUAACAGAAGUCAAUGAAAUCGAUGAACUUGCCCAUCGUAUUGCCGAAGGAAGAUAUACAGCAGUGGAAGUUACAACAGCUUAUUGUAAACGUGCAGCUAUUGCACAUCAACUUGUCAAUUGUUUAGCAGAAAUACUUUUUACACAAGCUCUUGAUCGAGCCAAGAUUCUUGACGAACAUUAUAAAUCAACGGGAGGAAAAACCAUGGGACCACUUCAUGGCAUUCCUAUUAGUUUCAAAGAUCAAUUUAAUAUCAGAGGAGUUGAAACUGCCAUGGGUUAUGUUGGUUAUUUGGAUGAUAUACUCGAAUACAACUCGAUUCUUGUUAAUUGUGUUCUCUCUCUUGGUGCUGUGGUCUAUGUUAAAACGGCUUUACCUCAGACCAUCAUGGUAGCUGAAACUCGUAGUAAUCUACUGGGAAUCACUGUAAAUCCCCGAAAUCGUAAAUUAAGUUGUGGUGGUAGUUCAGGCGGAGAAGGUAGUCUUCUUGCAUUGAAAGGAAGCAUUUGUGGAUUUGGAACAGAUAUUGGAGGAAGCAUUCGAAUUCCGUCAGCUCUUAAUGGUAUAUAUGGUUUACGACCCUCUGAUGGACGAUUUCCAUAUGGUUUGGCUAGAAAUUCACUUAACGGACAAGAAUCAGUUUCAAGUGUUGUAGGGCCUAUGACACGAUCUCUUGGAAAUAUUCGUACAAUGCUGAAAGUAAUUACAGAAACAAAACCAUGGCUAGUCGAUCCGAAAGUUCAUAAUAUUCCGUGGAGAGAGGAUAUGUUUCAAGAAGGACAAGCGAAUAAGCUAUGCUUUGGAGUAAUUCGAUAUGAUCAUCAAGUUCAUCUUUCGCCUCCUGUUCAACGAGCAAUUGAUACAGCUGUUGCUGCUGUACGUAAUGCUGGUCAUGAUGUUGUAGAGUGGGAUACGUCGGACCAAGUUGAGGGAAUCGAAAUUUUAUUGAAAAUGUACUUUGCCGAUGGUGGAAAAGACAUACAAACUGCUCUGAAUAUCAGUGGUGAACCACAGCUGCCUGCUCGCACUACCUAUGCCAUAAAAUAUCUUGCAAAAUGGAAUAAAACAUCAGAAAUAACUUCAACUGGUUGUCCUGUUGACGGCAUUAUUUCUCCUGUUCUGGCACUACCAGCUUAUCCGACUGGGUUCAUGUUUAGUGUUGGAUAUACUGGCAUUUGUAAUUUAUUGCAACUAAGUUCUGUUGUUCUUCCUGUCAUUCAAGUCGAUCAGAAUUUAGAUCAAAUUACAGAUGAAUAUCGUUGUAUCGAAGUAACAAAUGCAUUUGAUCAAACAGCCAAAGAUGCGUACAAAGGACCAGAAACAUUCGAAAAUAUAAUUGUUGGUUUACAAGUGAGUUGUAGACGGUUGGAAGACGAAAAAGCUAUCGGUAUGGCUAUGGUAUUAGAACAUGCACUUCAGUCCUAUCGAUCAAAUACUUGA